AUGCAGAGAAGACUUUCGAUAAUCCCCAUCAGGCAUUGGCUUUAUGUAUUGCCACUGAUCCAAACAAUCCUCUCCCUGCUCAAGGUUGACUUUGAGGAACUUUCUGCCGUUGGCAUGAAAUGGCGUAUCGAGGUGGGGGUUGCAAAACUCAUGUUCAUUGCUGGCUUUGAAAGAGGGAGCAUCCUUGCGCCGUUUCAGGUUGUGGUCGAUCAGCCAAAUGCUAAGAUACGUCAUUGCUUUAGCAAGCUCGAACAGCUUGGAAAACGCAAAAUCGACUGGCUUGAUCCACGGGUUUGUGUUUCGAUCCUCUUCGAAAAGCUCGAUGCCCCACCGCUCGUCAUACUCGAUGCCUAUGUGGCGAAUGUCGGGGUGACAACUUCCUUUUUGAUGCAAUAG